AUGUAUUUUCAUGUACUCUUACAGAUUAAUACAGAAUUUGUACAAGUUGUUGGGUUCAGGGAUGGUCACAAUGCCCCUUUCGGAAAAUCCGAUCUGCUCUUCGUGUGUAUGUUGAGAUCUCUUUCUUCUAAUAUUGUUGUGCAAGAUACCGAAAUUUCAGUAGCCAAGUGGAUGGCGAUAGAAGAAUUUGCAUCUCAACCUAAAAAUCAGCAAAGCAAACUCCUAAAAGAUAUGAUCGGCGUGUGUGUUGCCAACGUCAACGGACAAUGUGAAGGAUUUUCAGGCAUUGGGAUAUCGUCCAACUCGCGCAAACCCUCUGCUUUCUUCUGCACUGCCCUUAAUUCUGAGUAA